AUGGCGGAUUCCUCGCCCGUGCCCCACUCCCAAGAUGGCGCGGCCGGAAGCGGAGUCGCUGCUUCCUGUUGGGCAUCUCCGGCGCGCGGCGGGGGGUCCCGGGCUCGAGGUCCACGGCGCGAGGUGACGGACGGGCAGCGCGGCCUGCGGCGGGGGGAGCGCUGGUACUUGCUGGAGAAUCACUGGUACCAGCAGUGGAAGGAGUAUGUGGAAUCGGGCGACCAGAACUCCAGUUCCUUCCCGGGGCACAUCAACAACUCCGAGCUCUUCGAAGACCUGGAGUCGUUCCGGCUGAAGGAGCGGCUGGUGGAGUCCGAGGAGUAUGUGCUGGUGCCUGAGGACGUGUGGAACAAACUGGUGAGCUGGUACGGGCUGGAGCACGACCAGCCACCCAUCGAACGCAAGGUGGUGGAGCUGCCCAGCACGCAGAAGGUGGAGGUGUACCCGGUGGAGCUGUAUCUCUGCCAGCACAACGACCUGGACAGCCCUGUCACCGCCCAGUUCAGCCGUGUGGACACCAUCGACGCGGUGCUCCAGGAAGCCCGGCGCCAGUUUGAGGUGCCCCCUGAGGACGAGACCCGGCUCUGGGUGAAGAACUCGGACGGAUCCUGUGAGCGGCUCCGGAACGUCCACAUGACAGUGCUGGAUGCCUGCCUCAGCACGGGGCAGGUGGUGAUAAUGGAGACGCGAAACAAGGACGGAACCUGGCCCAGCUCUCGACCCCACGUCAUGAGGAACUCUGUGGAGGACGAGGAGCUGUACAGGGGGCAGCCGGGGGUCUGCGGCCUGACGAACCUGGGCAACACCUGCUUCAUGAACUCAGCCUUCCAGUGUCUCAGCAAUGUGCCCCCCCUCACGGAGUAUUUCCUCAACAACCACUACCUGGGGGAACUGAACUUCAGCAACCCGCUGGGCAUGAAGGGCGAGAUCGCCGAGGCCUACGCCGACUUGGUGAAGCAGGCCUGGUCCGGCCACCACCGCGCCAUCGUACCGCGCAUGUUCAAGACCAAGGUGGGGCACUUUGCCUCACAGUUCCUGGGCUACCAGCAGCACGACGCGCAGGAGCUGCUGUCCUUCCUGCUGGACGGGCUGCACGAGGACCUCAACCGUGUCAAGCGCAAGGAAUACGUGGAGCUGCGGGACGCGGCCGGGCGGCCGGAUGAGGAGGUGGCGGAGGAGGCCUGGCGGAACCACAAGCGCCGGAAUGAUUCCAUCAUCGUGGAUAUCUUCCACGGCCUCUUCAAAUCCACUCUGGUGUGCCCGGCCUGCGGCAAGGUGUCCGUCACCUUCGACCCCUUCUGCUACCUCAGCGUGCCCCUGCCCGUCAGCCAGGAGCGCGCCAUGGAGCUGUUCUUCGUCUACAUGGACCCCAGCCGCAAGCCCCAGCAGGUCAUGAUGUCUGCCGCGAGUGUUCAGGCAUCGCUUCGUAACAGCUGUACAGAGUGGAACGGCGGAGCGCGAGCCCAUCUGAAGGACGACAUCUUCGUGUGGACACGGGAAGCAGCGUCCCGCCGGUGCGGGGUGUGUGGUGCUGUGGGGCGGGAUGGGCUUGGGGGCGUCGCUGGGGGACACCAGCUUGUGGCCAUGGCGUGUGUCUGGUGGCAGCGGGGGCCCUACCCCUGGGUGCCCGGGAUGGGGGGCUGGUCUGGGGCGGGGAGAAGGGGUCUGUGGCUGUGCCGGCUCAUGGCUCUGCCCCCCCCCCCAGGUGAGGAAGAGGAGGCGGCACUGGGUGAAGGCCCUGCCAGCCAGGCUGAGGAGGGAAGCAGCUGGAGCUCGAGGGGGCCCCCCACCCCAUCUCCACCUCAGGCGACCCUGCCCCCCCCCACCAACCGGCGCAAACGCAAGUGCCGGCACCAACGGCCGCUCUUUACCAUGCGCCCAGUGAACGCCAACGGGACCAGCGAGCGCCCGGCCCUGCCCACCGAGGGCUUCACACUGCAUGCCCAGCCCUACAUCGCCAUCGACUGGGACUCGGAUAUGAAGAAGCGAUACUACGAUGAGGAAGAGGCAGAGGGUUAUGUGAAACAUGAUUGCAUGGGCCACGUGCAGAGGAGGCAGCCGGUGAAGCUGCGUGAGUGCGUCGAGCUGUUCACCACGGUGGAGACGCUGGAGGAGGAGAAUCCCUGGUACUGCCCCACCUGCAAGCGGCACCAGCUGGCCACCAAGAAGCUGGACCUGUGGGCGCUGCCUGAGGUGCUCAUCAUCCACCUCAAGCGCUUUUCCUACACCCGGCUCGCCCGCGAGAAGCUCGACAUGCUUGUGGAGUUCCCCAUCCGUGACCUCGACUUCUCUGACUUCAUUAUCAAGCCCCGGGUGGAUGUGGCCCCCGCGCCCCCCAGAUACGACCUGAUCGCUGUCUCCAACCACUACGGGAGCCUGCGUGAUGGGCACUAUACGACAUUCGCCCGGAACAAGGACUCCGGCCACUGGUUUUACUUUGAUGACAGCAGCGUCUCACCCGUGGGUGAGGCUCAGAUCGAGUCGAAAGCCGCCUACGUCCUGUUCUACCAGCGCCAGGACCGGAUCCGCCCCCCCAGCACCACCCCCUGCCCCAGACCCCCUGAUGCUGGGGGGGGCUGCUGCAGCGACUCCAUGGAGGUGGAUUGACCCCUGAGGUGGGGGGGGAGGAGCCGGGGUCCCUCCCACCCUUGACCUCAGAGAUUUGCUCUGUGAAGACAUCUCAGGCUUGUGAAAUUGGGGGGGCAGCUCCCCCCACCAGCUCAGGGGACUCCCUUCUACCAGUGGGGGGGCUGGCCCCCCCAGUAGCUUCCAGGGGAAGGGGACAGUGCUUGGCACCAUCCUGCUGGGAGGGGGGGGUAAGCGGGAGGAAUGUCUCUCAGCCCAGGGCAUGUCUGAGGAAAGCCCCUCCCAAAAUCCUACUGAGCUUUACUUGACAAUACUCGAGCAAUUGGGCUGUCUGACCCCCCCAUCCUGCCUGUUAUCCCUGGCAAGAGGGACGCACAGUGCAUCUAUGGGGUGAGUCCUGCUCCCCCCCCAGUCAGUCUGUGCCCCUCCUCCCUUUUCACCUCCUUUUGGCACUUUCAGCCCCCUUAGCUCCUGUAUGCAGGUGGCUCGUAUUGAGCAAUAACUCCCCCCCACAUGGAUUUUUUUAACUUCUCAAUGUUCAUAUGUGGGGGGCGGGCACACUGCCAGCAGGGCUUCCCCCUUCCUGCUGGGAGCCCCGGGGUGAGGAAGCACCAGCACCAAAGGGGUUAACACCCCCUGUCCCCGGUGCUUUCAGGGCUGUACAUAGGUGCCCAUGGGGCGGGGGCACAUGCCCACCUGGCACAUAGGGUGUUUUCUUACCCAGACACAUUUGGGGGGCAAAAUGUGGCUCCUUCCCCGUGGGUUUGUGCAGAUUAUUUUUGUUUUGGGGGAAAGAAAAAUAUUUUUGGGGAUGUGGCAAAACUUGUAUAUAAAAGAACUUCCUUUUCA